CACGCACGCGCGCUUAUUACAAGACGCGCACGUGAAUUAUUCGACAAAAAUCUACAUAAUUCUAAAUUUUCAAGUAUUGGAACUUACUCGCUGAUGUGAAAUGAAGAAAGUUUUUAAAGAUUAAACAUUAGUGUUCUUGCUUGCGUGAAUACAUGGAAUAUACUUUGCCGUAUUAAUCUUUACCGUAAUAAUCUGCAAUUGUGAUAAAUGAAAGCUUUUAAGAUGAAAAUAUUACAAGAAAGAUAAAUAAUAGUAACAGUGGAUAUUGAGUAAUGUAUAAGCAUGGUAAAUAACAAUACUGAAAACGGUUAAAACACAAUAACUCUGUUUGAUUUUUUGCAAAUAAUGAUAGAUCAUACACGAGAUUUAAUGUUUUGUAAUUAAUUUUCUUAAUUAUAUCAAAUCUAAGAUGACCAAAAAUAAAUAUGCGUUUUGAAUUUUUGGAAAUAAAGGUCCUGACUUUGUAUCUCAACUUUUAACAUUAACUAAUAAAUACGGUGCUGUGUUCAAAUUGGAUUAAACCGGAUAAAAACCGCACAAUGGUAUUACAUAAUUAUAUUUGUUUAGUGAAGACAAAUUGUUUGGCACUCAACUCAGACACUUAGAUAUUUUUUCUGGAAUGUAGAUUAAAACAAUAGAGGGUGUAUCAGAGAGAAGUAAAAUGUUGAAGACAUUGUUUCCUUUGUUGCUGCUAAUUGAAGGUAUAACCUGCAAGUGGUUCUGCGGAGAUAACGAACUACGAUGUAUAGAUGGUACAUGUGUACCUAACAGUAAACGAAUGGAUGGAAGGAAAGACUGUCCCCAGGGCAGGUAUGAUGAAGAAACAGACCAUAGACUCUGGUGUAAAACUACUCAUGGAAACUGUGCAAAUGGGAAAUGUAUACACAAGAAGAAAUUUGAUGACGGCAUUAAUGACUGCGGGGAUAACUCAGACGAAGUGCGCUUCCCAUGUACACCGCCACUAUAUUCAUGCAAAAGCACCCCAGUUAUUUGCAUCAACAUGUCAAAUUUAAAUGAUGGCGUCACAGAUUGUCCUGAUGCUUCCGAUGAAGUCAAACGCCUAUUGGGCAGUUGUGGUUUAAACAAUGAGUGCGAAGGGAAUUGCACGUGUGGAAGAUAUAUUCCGCAAUCUGUUUGUUUGAAUGACACGUGCAUGUGUGACACUGGAUACCGAAUAGCGGGGAACAAGAAACUUUGCAUAUCACGAAAAUUAAAGGACUCGUGUUCUAAUGAUACUGACUGUUCUGUUGUUAUGAACAACACAAUAUGUGCUGAACAUUUUUGUAAAUGUGAUGUUGGUUAUAUAGCAUAUGGUAAAGACACCUGUAGAAAAGUUGUCAUUGGAGACGAAUGUGUUGACGACCAAGACUGUUUGCUGUUUAACAAUCAUAGUAAAUGUAAAGCAGGGAUAUGUGAUUGUGCUUCUGGAUAUUACAACGAUAACUCAACAUGCCUCCCUCAUCACAUCGGAGACAUAUGUAAUGUAACUGAGGAUUGUUCAAGUGUCAUUGACGACAGUGUGUGUGACAACGCAACAUGUUUUUGUGAUAUUGGUCAUUAUGCUACUGUUAGCAAGGAUAUAUGUAUUAGAAGAAAACUAGAGGAUACGUGUAAGGUAGAUGGAGACUGUGUAUCAGUCAUUAACAACACAAUGUGCAAAGAAGGAUAUUGCUCGUGUGUAGGAAAUAGAAAACCGGUACAAAAUCGUACUGUGUGUGUCCAAAAUGAAAUAGGUGACGAAUGCAACAUGGACAGCAGUUGUGAGCUGAUUGAAAACAGUUUCUGUUUCAGAAAUGAAUGUACGUGCAACUAUGGUUACCCGAUAUGA